ACUAAAAACCCAGCCUCCACGAGUUAGAGAAGGGAGUCUCUCUGAGCUUCGCUGACAUUCCCAACAAGCAUUGCAGGGCAGAGAACUGUGUGUGAUAUAGAACAACAGGAGUGUAUGUGUGUGUGGGUCUUUUCUAGUAUAUCCCACUGUCUCUCUCACACAUAAUCUGAGCCGUGGGCUUCUGUGCAGCUGCAGGACAGACAGCUGCCUUCAGUGUCAGCGUCGAUCUGGAAAAGAAGAAAAAGAGGAGAAAGCUAAUCUCAGUGGCCGGUGUGAUCUACUUGAUUUCUAGGGGAGAUUGCAAGACAAACAGUAGAAGACAACAAACAAGAACCAUGUCCAACGCUCUGGUGAGGAGAAACUCCAGCAAAGAAGGUUUACAAAACCUCAUGAGACUGAUGGCCCAGAGGAACAUUGAGGAUGCUGAAGAGGUGGAGAGGGAGCGUCGUAGAAGAGCUCGGGAGGCUUUACAUAGGAGGAACAGUGGCUCAACACCUGAAGAGUCAUCUCCGGAGGGCGAAAUGCCAACAGAGGAGAGCAUGUAUGAUGGUGGUUGGAAGCAGAAUAGCUCUCCAUCUCUGGAGGAGGAUGAAGGCUUCAGUGACUGGACUCAACGCAGAGAGAAGAGGAGGCAGCAACGUCUGCAGGAGCUCAGCCAGGGAGGAGAGGAAGACGAGGACGAAGAGGAGGAUGCAGGAAACAAAACUGUACCCUCACAGACUGCCCAGGCCUCAGUCACAUCCUCAAGCCGGCGCCAGAGGCGGGAACAGGAGGAGAGAGAAAGAGCAGAGAUGGAGAGGAGGAAGGAGCGUAAGGAGGAGGUGAUCCGAGCUGAGAGUGUGAGGAUGGAGAAAGAAAGGCAGGAGGAGCAAAGGAAGAUGAAUGAACUGAUUCCAAGGAGGAGGGAAGAAAUUCAAAAGCCAAAUACAGAGAUCGAGAAAGGAAAAGAUGUUAAAGUCUCCUACACAUCAAAGGUUUUCCUUCACCAAGAGCCAAAACACAGCAAUGGCAAUGCAGCCACUGAGGAGGUGACAGCACACAUGAACAAGACAAAGAUAUCAACCAGCAGAGCUGUAGAGCCUGAGGAGACAGAGGUCAUCCUGGAGACAGAGCAGCGUCUUGGUAAGAUCCGCCAGAGCCUUCAGGAGAAGGAGAGCCAAGAGCUGGAGCAGCUGAGACAUCGACAGGCCGAAGCUGAGCAGGAGUUGGAGGAGCUGAAGAGGAGGAGGGAGGAAAGACGCCGAGUCCGAGAGGAAGAGGAGCGUCGCAGGGAGGAGAAGGAGCAGCAACAGCUGACCAAAGAGGAGGACGGGAGGAGAAGGAUGAAGGAAGACAUUGAGAGGAGAAGGAUGGAGGCAGCAGAGAGGAUGAAGAGCCUGAGUACGUCCAGUGUGGAUGGAGAUGAGAUGUUCAGUCCCUUCAGUCCCAAAGUUCCCACACACAAGAUUACGGAAAGAACAGAGUCCCUGAACCGCUCGCUGAAGAAAAGUAACAGCUUCAAGAAGACGCAGCCUCUCGUCCUGCUGUCCAAGAUUGAUGAUAAGCUGGAGCAGUACACUCAUGCUGUGGAGAGCUCUCAGGAGGCCCGGACAGUGAAGGCAUCGCUGACCAACCUGCCCAACUCACCAGAGGUUGUCACCUCUAAGAAGAACCUGUUUGAGGUUGGAGAGGCCUGGAGCCAGAGUCCCAGCAAGGCAGCCGCCUGCAAGGACACUGAGAGUCUGAAGGUGGGCGUGGCAAACCUGAUCACUCAGUGGGUCAGAGUCCCUUCAGACGGCAGCAGCAGACAGUUACCCUGCAGACCCACUGAUGUGAAGCCUGGAGAUGUGAUGCAGAAGAAAAAUAUGUGGGAGAUAAUUGGUGACUCUUCAGGGAGACCUGGGCAAAGAGUGAAGGGCGCAGCAGGGGGUAAAAAGUACAAAUUUGUCGUCACUGGGCACGGCAAAUAUGAGAAGAUAUCCUUGGAGGACAAGGAUCAAGCAGGGUUCACUAGCAGAAUGUCUGAUUUAGAUCAUGGUGAUUACUGAGAAGCUGUCUCCUGAGAUAGGCUCCCUCUUGAUCUCACAACAACAUUUACUGGCGAUAAAGUCAACUAGCAGAAGCGGCUCCUCUACUGCUCCAGUCUCAGUACUUCACCUAUGUGCCAUAAAUCAUAUGUUUCCACUCUCUUAGCUGAACACAUGCAACCAACAGCUAAAAUCCAAAAGAUUCAAUCAACGGUUUGUAUUUGUCCAACUUACUCUUUGGUUUUUGCAUUUUCUGGUGUUCUGUGUCUAGUACGCUAUACUGUGUGUGUGUGUGUGUGUGUGUGUGUGUGUGUGUGUGUGUGUGUGUGUGUGUGUGUGUGUGUGUGUGUGUGUGUGUGUGUGUAUAUAUACAUAUAUGUAUGUGUGAAGGUGAGCUUUACUGUUACUGUUUUUGUCUUCACUGCAGUUUUUAGAUAAAUCAUUCUUAAUAUUUAAUUGACCCUUGUAAUCUGGUGUUUGGGGAGACAUGUCAGAUAAAAGUUUUUUUUUAAUAGAAAAUGUUUGCAUUGUCCAAUCAUUUAGAAUUAAUGAAUCACACUAUUCUGUAUGUACACAAUGGCAAAAGAACAAUCUGAAAAAUCUAGGCUUGGGAGGGACAUUCAUACAAAAACUGUAAAUAUAGUUCAUCCAAAUGACAAUGUUGAUGAUAGGAUGGGACAUAAAAAAAUCAUGAUUUGGCACACUUUGUGCAGCUAUGAACAUGAAAUGGACUUUGAUUUGGAACCUAUUACAAAAACAAGCUUUAUGAUGCAUGAACCUGAUCAUUUACAUUCUAUUUCUUGUGUAUGUUUUCAUUUAACCCACUGGUGUUUCUGUCUCUGUACUACUGCAAAUAUUCUUCACUUUAAAUAUCAAUUUAUUGAGAUAACUGCCUGUAUGUGUUUGUAACCCAUUUUUCUUGAAUAAAUUAAAAUAAAUUUCUA